CUGCGCAUCCAUCUUUCUGCGCUUCCCUCGGGGGAUGCUGUAGGCGGUUUCCCUUUCGGAAGGGCCAUCCUCCGAGCAGUGCGGGGGAACAAGAGAGGGUAUCCGUCCUCCUCUCCCUCCCCCCAGCCCGGGCAUCUCCUCCUUUUCAUUUCCAAGAGCAGGGCCGCCGCGGGCACGGGCACGGGCACGGCCGCGGUUGCGCGCCCGCGCAGCCUGACUGCCCCGCCCGGCGCAGCGCAGCGCAUCGCGCCGGGCCGUGGCGGGGAUGGCGCCGCUGGUGCUGUACCACUGGACCCAGUCCUUCUCCUCGCAGAAGGUGCGCCUGGCAAUAGCUGAAAAAGCCCUGGCGUGCGAAGAGCACGAUGUAAACCUGCCGCUGAGCGAGCACAACGAGCCCUGGUUCAUGCGCUUGAAUUCCUCCGGGGAGGUACCGGUCCUGAUCCACGGGGAAAACAUCAUCUGUGAGGCAACGCAGAUUAUCGAUUACCUUGAAGCAACGUUUGUAGAUGAGGGAGUACCGAGAUUAAUGCCAGAAGAAGGGAGCAUGUAUUACCUGAGGGUGCAACACUAUAGAGAGCUUUUAGACUCCUUGCCUAUGGAUGCCUACACGCAUGGCUGCAUCCUGCACCCUGAGUUAACAGUGGACUCCAUGAUUCCAGCCUAUGCCACCAGCAGGAUUCGUAGCCAAAUAAGUAACACAGAAUCAGAGUUGAAAAAACUUGCGGAAGAAAAUCCAGACCUUCAGGAUGCCUAUAUAGCAAAACAGAAGCGCCUUAAAUCUAAGCUGCUGGAUCAUGAUAAUAUAAAAUACCUAAAGAAAAUAUUGGAUGAACUGGAAAAAGUUUUGGACCAGGUUGAGACUGAACUGCAGCGGCGAAAUGAGGAGACGCCAGAAGAUGAAAAUCAGCCUUGGCUCUGUGGCGAUUUCUUCAGUCUGGCAGAUGUAUCACUUGCCGUCACAUUACAUCGCCUGAAGUUUCUGGGAUUAGCAAGAAGAAACUGGGGAAACGGAAAGCGGCCCAACUUGGAAGCCUAUUAUGAGCGUGUCCUGAAGAGAAAAGCAUUUUACAAAGUUUUAGGACAUGUCAACAAUAUAUUAAUCUCGGCCGUUCUGCCAACGGCAUUCCGCGUGGCCAAGAAGAGGGCACCCAGGGUUCUUGGCACCACCCUGCUGGUCAGCGUGCUGGCGGGAAUGGGUUAUCUUGCUUUCAUGUGUCUUCGUAAGAGGUUUGCCAACGUGAUUUUAUCAAUUAGAACCAGGCACAACUUUUUUUAGAGCCGUCUGUCCCUGGUGGUGAGUGGAGGGCAAUUCUACCCCCCUGGAAAAUAUCCUCCGUAAAAUAUAAAAGUAGAAGAAAGGUUAUGUCUGUGAAUUAGAACAUUAUCACACAGUAAUUGUCUCCUGCUGUUCUAUAAUUGGAUUGGCAAUGCCGAGAUAUUUGUGAAAAACAAUAUGUUGGGGGGACAACAAAGGAAAGAAGAGACUUUGUUUUCAGACGAGGAGCUAUAAGGGCUGUGACAAUGCUUUGUUAAAAAGUGGUUAUUGUCUCCUUUACCCAGUAGCUGACCUAAUUAUAAUGCUUUUAUUUAAUAGAUGUGCAGCAAUGUGAUAGCUCUUCACUGUGGGUGAAAUGCAUUACUGUGCAGAAAUCAGCAGUGUUGAAAUAUUGAAAAUAGCACUUGUUUUAAAUGCUCAGAGUAGGAUUUAAAAGGAACAUAGGCUCUAUGCCCGUGGUGUACAGGAGUGAGUGUCUCUGUACUGAUUAAUGCCUACAGAUUUGCAGUUCGACCUCUAGGAAUGUGUUAGAAAGUAGUCUUGUGGUGCCACUUCUGUCACUGUACGUUCAUGCAGUAAUACGUGAAGAGACCUGAAACACGUAUGAACAUCAGUGAUAUAUGGGCCACGUGAGUGAAAUUCUCCAGAGCUAGACUUCUGCUGAAAUAAAAUGGGAGUGAAAGACCUGACACUUGUCUUUUGUGAGCCUUUUGGGUAGCCUUUGGCCCAGCCAGGUACCCAGCUCAGGCACAAGCCCUGGCCGAGUCAAACCAAACUAUUUUGGUGCACAUUUCCUGCUUUCAUUGGGGUGGCUUGAUACCGUUGUCUCCAUAUUAGUGUCCCGUGUACCCUUGUUUCCACUCUCAGCGCUGUUUUGCACGCUACUUGGCUAUGUUAGCAAUCGCAUGUGCCUCUGUUAAACGUUUGCCCACAAUGUGCCACAGCCAAGGGGAAAAUGUAUGCACAACAAUGCAUUUUGUAGAAGUAAUUUAAAAUACUUUCACUAUCUUUCAAUCUGGUCGGGUAGCCUAGAUUGAAGGUGAAAGAGUAAUUUAGCAAUUUGUUCACUUGUGGAGAGGUGUCAUAUUGGUGGUAGGUGAAAAAUAUAGGUCAGUUUGGAGACAGGUCAUUUGUACUGCAGAUUUUUUUGCAAAGCUGGACUCUUGUAGCUUGUAGGAAAGGUAUAGAAAAACACCUUGAUGACUUCCCACUACUCAGCAAAGAGUUUUAUUAGGUUUGAACUGGGCUCCUGUUUCAAUGAGAAAUGCACAUUUACCUGAACGUAGACUUUGAAUGAUUUUGCAGCAAGGAAGUACUCGGGAAGGGCUGAAAACUCUCGUGACGGUUUAGAAACAUUUUUGUAUUCUUCAUGAAUGUCUGAAAGCCUCAGAAUUUUGUUUACAAGCUGUAGGCAACAAGCAAAACAUAGCUUUAAAUGUUUGCCUAUCAACAACCAGUUCAAUCAGGCCUAAGUACAUUUUAGAUCCAGUGCUGGUGGCUGUGGUCUCUGCCCAAUUGCUGUGAGCACCAAGAAGAUCCGCUCUCAAGUUUGGUGCAGAGAGCUGAGGCUGGUUUUGUCUUGGCAGUCUCACCGUGUAGCAGAUACCAAAAUGGAUAAAAUUGUUGAAUACUCCUGCUUAUAACUUAAUAUUGUGCUAGUCGUCUAGCAAAAGAAGACCUAAAUCUCAUUGCUCCUUUUCAGUAAUAAGAAACAUCUUACCUAGAAAACAAUGCUUUUUUUAUUUGUCAAAAAGACGUUUUUAUGUAAUUCUAUUUCAUGACCCAGUUGUUCUCAAGAACUUGUUGAAUUAAAUGUGCUCUAUUUAGAAAAGCUUUAUUAUCUCUAGAGUAAGUUUAAUCCAACAAUACUAUUAAUGUGUUGGCAGCUUUAACUGAGUUUGUUGUUUGUAUAUUGCAGUUCAUCUGCAUUUACUUGUAGCCAAUAAAUUCCACUAAGUUAAUAAACAUAGAGUAAGGCCUGUAACUUAAUGCAUCCCUGGCAUGUAUUUCUGACAGGCCAUCUGUAAAAUAUAAUCUGAUCAAGUCAUGGUAAAUUUCAAUAUAUAUGACUUAGCUGUCUUUUAAAUUAAUUAAUAUUUUACUUUUUCCUUCUUUUUUUUUUUUUAAAUGUGUUAGUUCUAGAUAAGAACACUUAUUUUCCCAGAGACGUGCCAGUUUAGUUGCACUAUCAGCCCUGUGUGCCAAUUAUUGAUGAAGCACUUUUCCUUCCUCCCAAGCCUCACUGGUCUCUGCACUUCAGCUAGUGCUCGUUGCCUGCCAGGAGCUGCAGGUAGUGUUGGGAAGGACUGAAAUGACCACCAGAUGUCAGUGGUCCUCCAGGGCUACACUUUGGCAUGCCUUGAGAUGUGCAGGAAAACACUAGUUUUAACAAACAAAACGUUUGUGAUCUCGGUGUAAGUUGAAUGUGAGCAUCCUCAUCAGACUAGCAGUGUCUCAAGAGCUCUUGAAACGACUGAUUUAGUCUGCCACGGGUUGGUUCUCUGGUCCCUAUCAUUUAUGCCUGUGUAUAGUUUCUACGCUGGUUAAAUAAGAGGGCAAAGUUGAAGUAAUAUUUGACAUUAAAACGAAUGUCACUGACAAGCAAUUAAACUUGUCAUCUGCAGGAAUGAACAUGGAUAAAACUUUUACUGCGGGAAAGUUUGGAUCCCUAGUUUAAUUCAUGUCUGUUGGUUCAACUAUGUGAUAACCUACUUAUUUUCACUGCCCUGAAGUACUCUGUGCCACAUCACUUUCUGUACAGGUGGCAGCAAAAGGCUUAUCCAUGAUUAAAUUCCUCAAAAUAGGAUGAGAUUUAGAAGCACAUAUGCUGUAUAUGGCUCUUUGUGCAGGAUAGCUUUUGUGUGGUGCUUGUAAAGUUUCUUUUCAACCUGGCUUAUUUUCUUUGCUCCGGUACCUCUGGACACUGUUUAGAUUGGAAACACAAGGAAUCUUCUGUUUUUCAUUUACUAUUUGCUCUCAUAUCACACAUCAAAUAUAUUUCAUAUCAUAUCUUUGUAUGUGGGACCUGCACAAUAAACAUUGAUUCUAAGACCACUUUCUAGACUGGUUUUUGUCUUCUGUGUCAGUAAAACAAAGCACACUUGAGGAUCACACGGUAUUGCUGUAAGGAGCCUGAUGCUGUUCAAGGAGAGAAGCCUCUGGUAUUUCAGUUUAGAAGGUGUUCAACAGAUUGUCUUGCACCUGGAAACAGCAGUUACAAUGAUAGUUUUCUUUGAUUGUCUGAGUUGUAUAUGCAUGAGGCUCGACAGAAGCCAUUUAAUAAUGUUAAAAACCCAUUUAAAGACGGAGGGCAAGCAGGUUUUGUGUUUUCAAUUAAUCCAUAACAAAAAAAAAAAAAAAAAGGGCUUCUGCUGGGACUCCUUUCUGUAAGGUGCAUGGCAAGGAGGUAAGCUGUGUUCGCACUGAUGUUCUCAUUAAUGAGACCAAAUAGUGUGCCCUGACCAGUGUUUGGCCAUAAGCUUUUUUUUUUUGUGUGUGUGUGUGUGCAUGUGUGUGUGUCUUGCGCUGUUACAGUCUGCAUUGGAGCUUCUUUUAAGCAAAGCAGAGGAAGAGGCAACACCACUUGAGGCUUGCACGCGCUUCCUCUCAGUAUUUCUAAGGUCAGCUGAGCUGCUAGGAUCAGAUAGACAGCUGGUAAAGCUUGAGUUUCAGGAGAUUAUGACACCUAUGGUCUGUGGACCAGCUUUGAGGAGGCUUUGAUUGUUAGUGUUAAUCAGAGAGACCCUGCUGUGAAAAGCUUGUGUCCAAACAGACAAGAGGAGUAAGAGUGAAUGGGAAGGUAAGCACGGCAAGUAUAAAUAUCUUGUCCAGAUUCACACAGCCAUAUGUCCGCUUUUGUGUAUGACCUUUUUAAAGGCAUUUCUUAACUAAGUCUUAAUUUUAUGAGAGCAAGGAGCUACUAAGGUUUAGAGAGCAGAUUGGCAUGCUCUAAUUCGUGAGGAUUAGAGGCAGCAGUAGGCAGAAAGUAGGUAAAAAGUAGUGGAUCUAGGUAACUGGGGCACACCGUGCUCUGCAAUAAGGCAUGUGACAGAUCAUUCUUCACGGAGGUCUCCUUAUUAAGUUUAUCUCUCUGUUUAGCUGAUGUUAAACAAAGAGGUGUAAGGUGGUGCUUAGGCAAUUUAUAAGAUGUGCUAAGGAACUCAGGAGCGUGUAGAAAAAUCCCAAACAGAAUAUGUUUUUUCCCCUCCUUCCUUUCUUUAAAAAGAAAUUUUUAGUUUUGGUGCAGUACCAAGUCAAAAAGUCAGGCACUCAAAACUCAGGAAAUUCCAGAAGCCAGAGUUCUUGCAAUACUGUUAACUCACUCAUACAGUACUUCAGUAGCAUUUUUAUUUCUGUUUUUCCUUCGAAGUUACAAUCAUGGUGCUUUAUUUAAUGUGAAGUUAAAAAUGUUGCACCAUAAAAUAGUUAAGCUGUGGAUAAGCUUAGUGUUGUGGGAAAUAUCUGUUGGAAUUUGCAGAGUUGAAG